AUGCAAACGUUAGACCCACUCAUCCAAACGUUAGGCCCUCUCAUCCAAACGUUAGGCCCUCUCAUCCAAACGUUAGACAUCAUCCAUCUCAUAUCUAUCUAUCUAUCUAUCUGUGUGCCUGUCUACGCAUUUAAUAUGAAAAACAUCUAUAUCUAUUCAUAUGAAAAAAAAUCUAUACCUAUUGAAGAUCACACAUUAUCUAUGUAUCUAUCCUAUCCUAUCCAUUUCAUAUCAAUCUAUAUUUGUAUGUAUCCAAUUUCAAGACAUCUAUAUCUAUUUAACCAUGUCAUAAUAUCUAUCUAUCUAUCUAUCUAUCUAUCUAUCUGUCCAACCUCUCAUAGGAUCUAUCUAUCUAUCUAUCUAUCUAUCUAUCUAUCUAUCUAUCUAAAUGUUUAUCUUAUCCAUUUCAUAUCUAUAUUUCCUCUCAUAGGAUCUAUCUAUCUAUCCAAAUUGAAGACAUAUAUGUUCAUUAACCAUCUGACAAUAUCUAUCUAUCUAAAUGUCUAUGUUAUCCAUUUCAUAUCUAUGAUAUAUCUAUCUAUCUAUCUAUCUAUCUAUCUAUCUAUCUAUCUAUCCAAAUUGAAGACAUAUAUAUCCAUUAACCAUCUGACAAUAUCUAUCUAA